AUGCCACCUCGACGUGGCACUCCUGCUCUCAACUCUCUCAGCUCCCAGGAUGCCGCAGUGCAUCCUUCUUCUACCCCGACCUCUCCUGCUCACUUUCAAUUCCCUCAAGCACAUUUCAAUUCUCCAUCCGGCUUUGCUCACCUGCUCUCCAAGCCUUCAAGAUGGUUCCGAAAGCCAUCUGAUCCACGCUUGGCGUCAAGUGCAGGUGAACCUCGAUGUAGCACCAGUUCAGUGGCCAUACGCAAGCCAAAGAUAUCUCGCCCCACAGACCCACGACCUAUUUUUCAAGAUUUUCAACCGGAGUCUCAUGUUACCGACGCGAGCAAGUGA